AUGGGUCCUCGAACCCACAAGGGUGUGGAGCAGGUAUCAUUCUCGAUGAUAACCACGGCCCUCAAUUUUUCAUUUAAAGCAAGCAACAAUCAACGUGAGUAUGAAUCACUAAUUGCUGGCCUUAGACUCGCUGCCGACCUAAACAUCACCGAACUUAAGGUAUAUUGCGACUCCUUACUUAUCGUCCAGCAGCACAUUAUCACAGAUAAUGGUCACCAGUUUGCUGAUCAAAAAUUCACAUCCUUCUUGCAGAACUUGAAAAUCAAACAACACUUUUCAUCAGUAGAGCACCCACAAACAAACGAGUUAGCUGAAGCUGCAAAUAAAGUAAUACUACAUGCUCUAAGAAAGAAACUAGAUGAAGCAAAAGGCCUCUCGGCCGAGCUUAUCCCAGAGAUCAUAUGGGCAUACAACACCACUGUCAACUCAACAACAAAGGAGACACCUUUCUGGCUAGUCUACGGGUCCGACGCAAUGAUACCCAUGGAGAUCUCCCAAUCCUCACUACGCACUGAACUAGCCGACCAGACUACAAAAGACACAGCUCGGCAAACCGAACUCAAUGUCGCAGAAGAAAUAAGAUCAACAAUAGUAGUCAAACAUUUGGCCAUGCAACAGCACAUAGCUCGAAGAUAUAACCAGAGACUUCAACCAAGGUCUUUCUAA